CUCGGACAAGAAAGAGAGAAAGGCGCAUGAGAACGUGAAGGCCGGUCUAGUGGGAAAGGCAGAAAACUAGCAUAGUCGUGCAUUUGAGGGAACCAAAUGUACAAUCCCUCUCGACGUAUCACUUACGUACUCUCACUCUUGUUCAGUGCUAUGUCAUGGGGAUGUAUGUACGGUACGCGGCUGCGGGUGCCGUGGGAGAAUUUGGACAAGUAUGAGAGGCAGAAGGGGGAGGGCGGAGAGGGCAUGGUAGACGGUGACGGGAGAUCAGGCAGUAUGGCAGGAUCCGGUAGCUGAAGUAGCUCCUGAUCGACCACCCUCACAACCGACAAAUCCGAAGAUAACGCCC